AUGUCUCAAAAUUAGAUAAGUGAUUUGCUUGAGAUGUUAUAAACCUUUGGAGAUAUAGAUAAGUAAACAUUCAAUUUUGUAACUGAAAUACUCUUAUAGAAAAAGGUUUCAGAUUCUCUAAAAUUUCUUUCAAAAUAUUCUAAUUAGAUUGACACUAAUGAUGAUAUUUUUGUAUAAGACGAUUUAUAGCAUUUUGAUAAGUGGUGGAAAUUAGAUGCUUUGAAAAAAAACAUUAAAAAAAUUAUCAGCGUUCUCCAAAAAAUAGAUAAGCAUGACUUUAAUAAAAUAAACUAUUUUGCAAAUUUUGACAAAGAGAAUAAAGAUAUUCUUAUUACUAAGAUAUCAAAUUAAGCGAAGAUUAUCAAUUUUUUUAGAUUUCUAGUAAAUCUCACAAGAAUAGAUUAUAGAUUCAUCUAAAGUGGAUCUAAUUCUCUUCAUUUAUUAGUUGAAAUGAAGACAGACUUGAGAAAUCAAAAUUUUGAAAAUAUUAGGAUUAAGAAUACCUCUUUAAUCGGAGCAAAUUUAGUGAGAUGUGACUUAAGUGGAUCUGAAUUUGAUUAAGUUAUUAUAAGUGGAAUGAUUUUAAAUUAAGCCAAAUUAUUUAAUUGCAAAUGGAGGAAUUUAAGAAUAAAUGAGUUAAAUCAAUUAAAAGGUCAUCAUGGAAGUGUCAAUUCAAUUUCCUUUUCUCCAGAUGGAAAGUCAUUUGCUUCUUGCAGUGAUGAUAAAUCCAUUCGUUUAUGGGAGGUUAGAACAGGAAAAAUAAUUUCUAUGUUAGAAGGAGAGAAUAAAGUAUGUUCUGUAUUCUUCUCGCCAAAUGGUACUACAAUAGCUUCUUGUAAUGGCAAAUUUGUGUCUAUAUGGAAUCUUAAAAAAGGGAAAUAAAUUUUGAAAUUAAAUGGUCAAGAGUAUGUUAAUUGUGUCUGUUUCUCUCCUGAUGGUACUAUAUUAGCAUCUGGUAGUAAAGACUAAUCUAUUUGUUUAUGGGAUGUUAAGACAGGAUAAUUAAAAGCCCAUUUAGACUGUCAUUUUAAAUCAAUUUGUUUCUCUCCUGAUGGUACUACAUUAGCUUCCUGUAGUGAUCUCAACUCUAUCAGAUUAUGGGAUGUUAAGACAGGAUAAUUGAUAGAAUCAUAUGUAGCAGCAAGAAGUAAUUAUCAAGAGGUAUGGUCAGUCUGUUUCUCUCCUGAUUGUAAUAAAUUAGCAUCAGGUUGUUCAGAUAACUCUAUUUAUUUAUGGGAGUUUAUGACACGAUAAUAAAUUGUCAAUUUAAGAGGUCAUUAAGGAUGUGUUUUUUCAUUAUGUUUCUCUCCUAAUAGCAAUACAUUAGCUUCUGGUAGUUUAGAUAAGUCUAUUCGUUUAUGGGAUGUUAAGACAAGAUAAUAAAUAGUCAAAUUUAAUGGUCAUUCAAGUGGAGUACUAUCAGUCUGUUUCUCUCCUGAUGGUACUAUAUUAGCAUCUGGUAGUAAAGACUAAUCUAUAUGUUUAUGGGAUGUUAAGACAGGACAAUAAAAAGCCGAAAUAGCUGGGUAAGCCAUAGAAGCUAUGUCAGUCUCUUUCUAAUCUAAUGUUACUACAAUAGCACCUGAUAGUUUAGAUAAAUAUAUUUGUAUAUAGGGUGGUAAGACAAGUUAAUAAAUAGCCAAAUUUAAUGCUCAUUUAAAUGGAAUUCUAUAGGUCUGUUUUUCUCCAGAUGGCACUAUAUUAGCAUCUGGUAGUAUUGAUAACUCUAUCCGUUUAUGGGAUGUUAAGACAGGAUAAUAAAAAGCUAAGAUAGAUGGUCAUUCUGAAUAAGUUAAAUCAUUCUGCUUCUCUCGUGAUGGUACUACAUUAGCAUUCAGUAUUGAUGAUCACUCGAUCCGUUUGUGGGAUGUUAAUACAGCAAUAGAAAUUUUACCUCAGGAUAAUAUUUUUAAUGGCCUUAUUAGUUAGUUUGAAAUGCCACUUUAGAGUCCAUCCAUUUUAUAAAAUGGUAUUUAUUUUUAUUCUAACAUUGAUCAUGUAAUACUCAGAAAAUGUAAAAACUAAAUUUUGCAAGCUAAAGGUGCAUUAAUUUUGAAAGGAAAAUUUGUUACUUAGUAAGGCUUUGAUUUAAGAUAUUUGUUCAAAUCCAAAGGUAGUUUCAUUUUAGAAAACUAAAUACAAUAGAAAAAAUAUUGA